AUGAAAAUAAAGUGUAAGUAGUUUAAGUUAUUAUUGUAGUGAAUGAAGAAUAAAUAGAGAGAUUACUAAUGAGUAAUAAAUCGUUGAUGGAAGAGAAUGCAAACCUUUAGGAAUAAAUUAAGGAAGAUUUAAACUCUAGUUUUAGCAGCAGUGUUUCAUAAAAGUGA